UUAUUGAGCCCGCCUGAGUCAACCAAGUCAGUCAAGCCUGCACUCAAGAAUGAAUUUUGUAAGAAUUGGGUAUCACCCAUUAUUUUCAUGAACAAAUUUAGUUAUCUUGUUGUGAUCUUUUCGUUGUGAAGAUCAGCCAACUGAGAGCGGUUCUCUUCUAAACUCUACUCCAGUUAUUUAUUUUAUACUCAGUCUGCAAUGUUAUACAUCAUUUGUCUUAUUCACAGACUGCUAGUUUUAUAGGUUUUUUCCAUUGGCAGUUUUUUUUUUUUUGACAAAAAUUGCUCUCUAUUAAGCCUGAUAGAUCGUCUUUGGAGCUGUUAAUUUUUUGUCGAAAACUUGGAGCUAGACUUGUGUUAUUUUCUGGAAAUAAUUUGUGCAUGUAGUUUUUUGGUGUAGUCACUAGUUCAAGCCCCGGCCGAUUCUUGAUAGCUCUGUCCCCGUGUAGUUUAUCUUGAGAGACGGGGUUUAACAAGCAUUUUAAAACUUCUGCAAAAUUUAGUUUCAUAAAUUAUUCUAAAAAAUAAGUUGCUUAAAUUUUUUUUAAAGAAAUGAGUCGGCCAUAAAGAGGACUUGUUAUUUUAAUUCCUUUCUCUGAAAAUUAUUAUAACAAACUUAGUGUUGCGUGUUCAAAUUAAGACACUACUAAAGGUAGUUAACCUUCUGGUAAUCACAACACAGUUACACAUAAGUCAUGGCGUCCCAUCCAACUUUGUAGCAUAAGGUCUUCUAGAACAUAGAUAUUUUGGCUGCACUCUUAGUGCAAUGAUGCAAAAUUGGACAUUUCAGUUUGGAUUUACAGAUGUCAUAGUAAAUGAACUGAUUAUUCUUAUCAUAAUCUUGAAUAUCGUUGUUUAUAAGUUCCGACAACGCCAAGAGGCUGAACUUGUGGAGCAAAACAACCGGCUCUUAUUAUUGUCUACUCAAGGGUUGUGUUGUCGCUUCUCACUUCAUCAAAUGCAGCGAGCGACAUCCAAUUUCCUGGAUGAAUUGAUUAUCGGAAAAGGCGGGUUUGGGAAGGUUUACAAGGGUACUUUUGAACCUGGACCGACUGUAGUUGCUAUAAAACGGUUACAAUCUAUGUCCAGUCAAGGAUCAACAGAAUUCAAGACAGAGAUUGAUAUGCUUUCAAAAAUUCGACACAGCCAUCUAGUUUCUUUGAUUGGUUACUGUGACGAUGGUAAGGAGAUGAUUCUGGUUUAUGAAUAUAUGCGAGGGGGGUCACUAGCUGAUCAUCUGCAUAAAAGGGUUAGACAAGGCUAUAAAUCUCUGCCAACUUUGUCAUGGGUUCAACGGCUCAAGAUUUGCAUUGGAGCAGCACGUGGACUAGAGUACCUUCACACUGGGACAGGCAUUCAGCAAAGAGUUAUACAUCGUGAUGUAAAGACUACUAACAUUCUCCUGGACGAGAAUUUAGCAGCAAAGAUUUCAGACUUUGGAUUAUCUAAAUUAAGUCCAGCAAAUCAGGCAACUACAUAUGUAAGCACUCGUGUCAAAGGUACUCCUGGUUAUUUGGAUCCACAUUAUUUCCUAACUCAUAGAUUGACAAGGAAAUCCGAUGUGUAUUCCUUUGGUAUAGUGUUACUUGAGGUCUUGUGUGGAAGACCAGCAGUGGAUAGGAGUCUGGAUAAAGAGCAAAUAGGUUUAGCUGGAUGGGCAGAACAUUGCUUCAGAGAGGGACUCAUGACCCAGAUUAUUGAUGCCGGAAUAAAAGGGGAGGUUUUUCCUGAUUCCCUAGAGGUUUUCGUGAAAGUUGCAAUCCAGUGCUUGCAUAUUGGACCAAAACGCCGCCCCACUAUAGCGGAGGUUGUGGUCUAUCUUGAGUCUGCUUUGGCGUUGCAAGAAAAGAGCACAGAAUAUCAUUUAGCUGAGGUAAUAACCAGUGAUUACUUCCAGGAAGACAUAGAAUUUUCUAAACCUGAAGUAGAGAAUGAAAAUUCUGAAGAGGGGGUGGUUGGUGUUUUGAACAGGGUGCAUCCCAAAAAGCAGUCCUCUGGUAGAAUUACAUAUAUAAAAAGAAUUGGUGUUUUUGUAUCACUUAAAGCUCAGGCUUUAUCAGUCAGAAGACAUGUGAAGACAUCGAACAGUAACAGUAUCCUGUCAGUGCCUGCAAAUUUGAAGAAGAUCAAAUCAACUGAUUUGGCAACAAUGUCAGCGACAACAAACUUGAAAAUCUUCAAAUUAAUUGAUCUGAUAAAAGCAACUAGCAACUUUGAAGAAGUGUUAGGCAAAGGAGGGUCUAUAGAUGUUUUCAAAGGUUGGGUCCAUGAGAAGUCUUAUGACCCCUCUACUCCUGAUAUUGGACUCCCCGUAGCUGUUAAAAGAUUCAUCCCGGAGCGCGAACCAGGACAUAAAAAGUGGCAGAUGGAGUUGGACCUCUCGAGAGAGUAUAGUCAUCCUAAUUUUGUUAAGCUUGUGGGAUAUUGCUGUGAAGCCCAAGAACAUCUCCUUGUUUACGAGUACAUGCAAAAUAGUGGCUUGGAUACUCAUAUAUUCAAAUCGGCAAGUCAGACAAUGAAAACUGCGAGAAUAGCACUUCCCUUGCAGGCUCGGCUAAAAAUUAUCAUGGGAGCAGCUAGAUGCUUAGCUUUCCUCCACACAUCAGAACAGAGUGUCAUAUAUGGCGAUUUCAAGACAUCUCGUAUAUUACUUGACGGGAAAUUUAUUGCAAAACUCUCACCCCAAGGAUUGACAAGAUUAGCCCCAUCGGAUAGCAAUACAGAACGCUAUGAUGGUGCUCUUCAUGAUGCAGCUUCCGAAUCAUCAAAGCCUUGUGAUCUCAGCUUAAAGACAGACGUAUAUGCUUUUGGCAUGGUUUUGCUAGAACUAAUGACAGGUAUACAGGCAAAUAGCAAAGAGGAGCUCUUGCUAGAUCAUGCAAAUUUUCUUGAUACUACUUAUUUGGAUCCUUGGUUGGAAGAUAGUUUUCCGGGACCACUGCUUCGUACCUUGACUUCACUUAUUACUGGAUGUAUAGACAACGAUCCCAACGAACGACCCUCAAUGUUACAAGUAGUGGAAAACCUAGAAAUUAUCUCCAAUUCUUGUGAGAAAUAUUUUAAGAAUGUCCAAAUACAAGUGUAAGUCUUUAAUAGAUUGUUCUACCACUCAUUAGGCAAACGGAGGAUCGUAUCCAGUCCACGAGACUCCGUCAGAAGUUUAUCUAUCCUUAUCCAUAUAUAAAUAGACUGUUUCGAGGGGUUUAUAUAUUUCUGAGUUGGUUCAAAUGUUGAAUCAGCGUUUCUGUACAAGAGUUGGUUCUUUAGUUUGAUCCUAGGUGAGGGGGAGCCACAAAGCUUUUCCUCUGCAUCAUUUAUAAAUUAUUGAUCAGUCGGUGUUUGAAUAU